AUGGCUUUAAGCCGCCCGCAGGCGUACGAGGGCAUGUCCCUCCCCGUCUCGCAAAUGCGAUCGGGCCCCAAUGAUGGACAUCCAGUUCACGCAAUGGACCAGCAGCACCUUGCUGGGUCCUAUGGUGGACACUAUGGUAUGCAGGGUGCCCAGCAUGGUGAUUACCAGGGUGUGUCCGCCGAGUCUGGCUGGACAGAGCGAGUUCUGGAUGAAAUGAAGGACAUGCUCGUCCUGCUCACACCCCAGGGUCGAAUUACCUAUGCCACCCCCUCCUGUAAGAAUUUGACCGGCCGUGGCGCAAAGCAAUUAGAGGGAAGCCUCCUGGCACACUACAUCCAUGAGGAUGACCAGGCAAUUCUCCAGAAAGACUUGGAAGAGUCGGUCGCCGCGAACCAAUCUUUCCGGACUCACUUGCGAUUCCAGAAGACCAACGGCACAUAUUGCCUCAUGGAGGCCUAUGGACAUCCCCAUAUUGCAAAUCAGAACGAACGCCAGUCCGGGCAAAGCACGGUCAAUGAGCGCUGCACCGGCUUCUUCCUGAUAUGCCGACCGUACCCCAACAAGAUAUCGCAGCUCCUCGACUCUUUCCUAGAACACAAGAUUGAGAACGCACGUUUGAUUCAACAGAUCGCUAAACUCAAGCAAGAAGAAGAUGAAGAGGCGACCGCAGCUCGGGCACCUUACUCAAGAGUCGACGAACCUUCCAGCCUUCAGGUUGGAUCUGGGUCUUCACAAUCUGCACCAUCAGGAGCCGGAUCCAGUGAUCAUGAAUCGCAUUCACCGGACACGCUAGGCGCGAAUUCCGAUGAGUCGGACACGAAUCAAUCGGCGGAGUACUACCCAGACCCGCCUGCCGAAACCUACACGCACAUCGAUGGCAUCGAGGUCAUGACCGGUCUCUACUACGGUGAUGGCGAACGAUCGCAUGGACUCAGCACGGGCGGCAACCGCGGACGGUUGGUGCAUUGUGAUAUCGAUAUCACGACGGCGGCGGACCAAGAGCGCAAUGCACAGGAAGGCGACCGGCGCAAGCGCCUCAAGGGCCAGCAUGUCUGUGGCGACUGUGGAACGGCAGACUCGCCAGAAUGGAGAAAGGGCCCGAAUGGGCCUAAGACUCUGUGCAAUGCAUGUGGCUGUAAGUUUCCCGUUAUCCCCGCUCCAAUCCUGUGGGUUUUUCAUACCUGUCGAUUCUUGGCAUUGACUAUUUCUUUUCCUAGUGCGUUGGUCUAA